GCCAGUGUGAUGCGAAACGGAACUAUCCGAUCGAUGACGAGGACAAUACGACAAGCGAGUGUGAGGGUGGUAAAUAUCGUAGGGCAUGACGAGCCUGGGAUGGUGCGUCUACAGGAUGAGAACGUGUGGGACGGUGAUGGACCAGCUUCAGGAAGCAAGGAAGGGCUGGAAACGGAAGGAGAGGAAAUGUACGAGAUGAGGAGGGAAGAAAUGGGAAUGGAUAUUCCUGCCCCGAGACCUGGACCAUUACCUCCAGAGCCAGGACUGAGAGGAAGGACUUUAGGACUCUUUGGGGUGAAGAGUCGUAUCAGAAGGAGCAUGGCUGGGGUCCUUGGUUGGUCAUGGACAGAACCUGUCAUUCUCCUUCUCAUCAUAGCCAAUGUUGUCGUUCUCGCUAUUCAAGGCUCCACGCCCCUCACUUCCCCUCGUCUUGAUCCCGGUUACUUUACAUCAUGGGAAGACUACGUCCUCUUCGCACUCUUUAUUGUCUUCACACUGGAGAUGUUCGCUCGUAUGGUCGUCACUGGUUUGAUCCUCGACCCUGACACCUCAAUACGAGAGUACCUUUUCGCCCCUACCGGUCUUAUCCCAUCCAUAGAAAAACAUCUCAACAUAUCUCAUACAUCUUCCAAAACUAUCUUAAACCGUCCAACCCCCAUUGCUAAACCUCAUUGGGCAGCCAGACGUACAUCUACAGUCGACCUCCCUUCUGCCUCGCACAAAAAGACGACUCUCCCUGCUACGAUCAGUGAACUGCCUUUCCAACGCGCGGUUGCUAGGCAACAAGCACUAGCUGCUUAUGGAAGACCUUACCUCCGUCAUUCGUGGCAUCGAAUUGAUCUCGUGGCUGUGGUAGCUUUCUGGCUAAUGUUCAUCCUCGCCGUCAUUGGACAAGAAGCCACUUCUACAUACCAUGUAUAUCUCUUUCGGGCGCUUUCUGUUCUACGAGCAGCGAGAUUAUUGGUCGUCACCAGUGGGACAAGCACAAUCCUUCAUUCACUCAAACGUGCAGGUCCACUGCUUGUCACUGUGGCAUAUUUUGUGGUGUUUGCUGGGGUAUUAUUUUCUAUCAUUGGGGUACAGAGCUUCAGGGGAAGCUUUAGAAGACAAUGCGUGUUGACCAAUCCAUUCAAUGGGAGCGAUACAGUCCAGACUGGUCAGGCGUGCGGUGGUUGGUUGAAUGUUAGUGGAGAGGUGGUAUCGUAUCUCAAUCUAGAUGGAAGUGUGGCAGACCAGGGAUCUAAGGGGUAUAUAUGUCCAAUGAACGAAGUUUGUCAGACUCUGUCCACCAACCCCAAUGGUAACGCGCAAUCGUUCGACAACAUCUUCGCCGCUCUUGUUCAAGUCAUAGUCAUCUCAUCCGUCAACACCUGGGCCCAAACAAUGUACAUGGCAAUGGAUUCGGAUUAUUAUUCGUCGAGUCUUUACUUCCUUUCAGCGGUAAUCGUGCUCAAUUUCUGGUUGAUCAAUCUAGUAGUGGCGGUGGUGGUGAACACGUUCAAGGAUAUACGGGCCGCUACGAAACGGAGCGCUUUCGGGGCUGAUCAAAGCAUGUUGGGAAUAGAUAACCCCUGGGCGAACGAAAACAAGAGUAUGAAGAAAUCAGCCCUUCUGCGACUGUAUGAAAGAACCGAGAUUACUUGGGUUCUGUUGGUCGUCGUGGACCUGGUCGCCCAGGCCUGUAGGACAGCGUCUUCUUCUCCUGAUACGCUGACACUGCUCAAGAACUUGGAGCUUGUCUUCACACUCGUCUUCGACCUCGAAAUCCUCAUCCGAGCUGCUGGCCAUAUCCCCGAAUGGAAAGCCUUUCUCGCAUCCCCACGAAACAGCUUCGAUCUCUUCCUCGCAUUGACAUGUUCUAUCAUCCAGAUUCCUGCUGUGGUCCAUGCGGGCGUAUACCCAUGGUUGACCGUGUUCCAGCUUCUGAGGUGGUACAGAGUCAUUCUAGCUUUUCCGCGUAUGAAACCCCUUUUAAUCACCGUGUUUGGUAGUUUCGCAGGCAUGUUGAACCUUAUUGUCUUCCUAAUUCUCAUCAAUUUCAUAGGUGCUCUCGUUGCUAUUCAGUUGCUUCGGGGUGAUUUGACGUCGGAUCAGACUAUCACAUUUUCUCAGACGUACAACUCUUUUCUGGGCAUGUAUCAGAUUUUUUCUUCGGAAAAUUGGACAACAGUACUCUACGGAGCAAUGUCUGCGGAAUAUCAAUGGGCUCAAGGAUGGCUUGCUGCUAUCUUCCUCUGCGGAUGGUUCUUAUUUGCUUACUUCAUCGUCUUGCAGAUGUUUAUCGCUGUGAUCAACGAGAACUUUGCCGUCGCCGAAGAGCAAAAGAGAAAACAGCAGAUUGAAGCGUUCAUUCGAAAGAGCGAGCCUGUGUCGGUGCAUGUCAGUUGGAUCGAUCGUCUGAACCCGUAUCGGUUGAUUAAAGCACACCAUCGUGCCGUUAAGGUCAACGCUCUGCCUGCCAAUCUGGUUCUGCCGCUCAAGCAAAGUGUUGGGGCGGAGGUGGGAGGCAUCUCCAACAAAAUGAAAGCGGAAAUGGAAAAGGAGGAUUCUAACGCUCCCAUGCGUAGACUCUUUGGCUUUGAGAGGGACGAGAAACUACCUCGUCGUCGUUCUCGACUCCUGUCGACUCGAAUGGACGAUAUGGGUCAUAUGGAAGACGAUGAUCGAGGCUUAACUGAUCUUCUGCCACCUCUCACAACAGGACCAUCCGCCGAUGAACAUCUUGACACCCUUCGUGAACGACGAAAUAAACAAGCAGACUUUAUCGCUGCUCAUCCGUCGUUUGACCAAUCACUCUGGUUGUUCAAGCAGAGAAAUCCUAUUCGACGAUUUUGUCAAUCAUGUGUCUCGCCUGCUUACGGCGAACGUAUCUUCGGACGACCUCCUAAUCCAAUCCUUCGUUUAUCGGUAAAGAUAGCUGUAUUCGUUGCCGUCGUCGCUAGUAUCGUCGUUGCAGCUAUCGCCACACCCAUGUAUCGCAAGAACUUUUACGCACGUCAUGGUAUUUAUCGCGGAACAUGGUUCGAUCUCACCGAAGUCGCUUUGGGUUCAGUGUUCAUAUUUGAAGCAGCUAUCAAGAUUAUCGCCGAUGGCUUCAUUUUCGCUCCAAACGCAUAUUUGUUAUCUUUAUGGAAUGUCCUGGAUUUCAUCGUGUUGAUCACUUUGGUGGUAAAUACGACGACUUCGCUCAUCUUCAUCGGUGGGUUGAGCAGGGUUACAAGGGCUCUAAAAAGUUUCCGCGCGUUGAGGUUGAUCACGCUGUUUGGGAGAUUGCGAGAUACUUUGCACGCUGUUUUGUUCGCUGGUGCGUUGAAGAUUUUGGAUGCUUCGAUACUUAUGAUCUUGUACAUUAUUCCGUUUGCAGUAUGGGGAGUCAACAUCUUCGCCGGAAAAUUAUACUCAUGCAACGACGGCAAUGCCUCAGGAAUAUCAAAUUGUAUCAACGAAUACCUUUCUACCCCGAUUGAUGAUUCUCUCGCCUUUCUCGCUCCCCGUGUAUGGGAGAAUCCAGCUGGUCUGGGACAAACAGUGUGGAACUUUGACACUUUCCGCUCGUCAAUUCUGAUCCUCUUCGAAAUUGUCUCACUCGAAGGGUGGAUAGAUGUCAUGACGUCAAGUAUGAACAUCGCCGGGAGGGAUCUUCAGCCGGUGUCAAAUGCCUCACAGUGGAAUGCUAUCUUUUUCGUGAUUUUCAAUCUGCUCGGUGCCGCCGUCAUCUUGGCACUCUUUGUAAGUAUCAUCAUCGGCAACUUUUCCUUGCGAUCCGGCUCCGCUCUCCUCACGGCAGAGCAGAAUCAUUGGCAGGAUCUGGCCAAGUUCAUCAAAGCUCAAACUCCCAGUCAACUGCCAAAACUCCGACCGCAGACGGCACUACGAGAAUGGUGUUACGAGCGGGCCACAAACAAACACGGAUACUGGACCAGGGCGUUCACCGGAUUAUAUUAUAUUCAUAUUUUUCUUCUAAUGACGGAGGAUUUCUCAAAUAAUAUCCUCAACGAUGUAGCCUUAGACUGGGUGUUCCUCUUAUUUUCUCUCAUCUACGCUAUCGACAUUCUGGUCCGGUUUUAUGGUCUCGGUUUCAAGUCGUUUCGCGCAAACGGAUGGAACCUCUUUGACGUCAUCGUUGUCACUGGUUCUUUCGCAACUACCAUUCCAGCGCUUCGAGCUGCUUCCAGAGGGCUUCCCGGAGAUCAAGUCAAUAUACAACUACAAAAGCUUUUUUUAGUAUCUAUCGCCCUCAAAUUAGUGCAGCGUAUCUCAUCACUUAAUCAACUUUUUAAAACUUCAGUGGCAUCAUUACCUGCUAUCGGUAAUUUGUUCCUUCUUUGGGCAACUUUAUUCAUCUUCUUUUCUAUCUUAUACUUGGAGGUGUUUGGUCUUACCAAACAAGGUGAUAAUUCGGGGUCUAGAUUCCAGAAUUAUUACUCUUUCGGCAAUACUCUGAUAAUGUUGGCUUUCAUGUCCACUGGGGAAGGAUGGAAUGGGUAUAUGCACGACUACACAAUCACUUUCCCCAGAUGUACGGAAAAUAAAGAUUUCUUCUUGACAGAUUGUGGAAGUCCUUCGUGGGCAUUUGGAUUGUAUAUAUUCGUCAACAUGUUUACCGGUGUUGUUGUCGAAUCCUUUGCGUAUGUUUAUCAGAUGCCAGGAGGGGCGUCACUGAAUCGAGAAGAGAUGCGCGCUUUUAAGAAAGUCUGGGCGGAGUUCGACGUGGAACGUACGGGGUAUAUACGUAAGAAAGACUUCAUCAAGUUCUUCUCUCAAUUAUCAGGAGUAUUCGAAGUCCGUCCGUACCCACCUGAAUACUCAGUGCACAAUAUCAUCCGAUCUUCCAUUCCUGACCCAGUUGCCAACGCCUCCGGUCGUGUGCUCGUUGCUAAAGGCGUUGAAUAUGCUGUGGAUGUUAGGAAGGUUGAAACUCUGGUCGAGAGGAUUGACUUUAAUCGGGUCCGAGAUCGUAGGAGGGUUUUUAAUAGACUUUAUCAUGAAGCUAGGAUCUCGGAAGAACCAGGAAGAGGGAUAAGCUUUACCCAUAUGUUGAUGAUGCUUUCACAUUAUAAGUUGAUCGAUGAUGAGAAAGCUCUUUUACUGGACGAUCUCCUCAUUAGACGAGCGAAGACGGACAGAGUGACAGAUUUGGUCAACCUGGAAAGAGUAAGAGGUCUACUCAGAACUAUAUGGUGUAGAAAACGAUUUCUGGUCGCGAGGGAAGAGAAUCGUCGGGCUCUCAAUGGAGAAGCCAUGGGUAUCCCAGCUAUCGUCCUCGAACCCACUCCGAAUACUCCCGAAGAAGAGAAUGAAAAUCCCUUUGAUACAAGUAUCCGAGAAACAUUAUCAUCUCCUUCUCCGGUCGAUUCUCGAGCUACCUCUCCGGCAGCCUCACCGGCUUUACGCCCCAGUCCAACAUUGCACACGCCCGGAUCGACGCAUAGUCGUUAUCCCUCCUUCUCCCAGAACAGCAUGAGAACACCAUUGUCUCGUCAACCAUCGGACGCGAGUAUGCUUUCGUCUGAGGACGCUCAUCGGAGAGCUGAAUCAGUGGACGAACCGCACACGGAAGGAUACAUGGAGUCCAUGGCGACGUCGGUUUGGGGUGAUAUGAUGAGACACGCAGUGGAUGAGGAAACAUGAAUGGUAACAUUUGCUUGAAGACAGCAUGAUCACAUCUACAGAUUUCUAUAUAGAUUACAACAUGUUAUGACUAUAACGACUCAGCAUGGAAGCAUGGGAAUGGAAACAAUGUAAUGGUGGAUAUGUCAUGAUAUAGAUGCGAUGGAUGUCAUUCGUC